GUGACGGAUAUCAACAUAUGCAUGACAUACUAUGACGUGAAGGCCCUUGUGGUGAUGCUAAAGUCAGUGGAACUGCCCGACAAGCUAGUUGUGGUAACGGAGGAGGCGGCCGCAAACAAAUACGAGGAAUCGAAUAUAAGUAUGGUCUAUAUAUAG